GCUUAGAAGUCGAACCGGGUUUGGGGAACUCAGGCAUGCGCUUGAUAAUUGAAGAACUUGACCCGAGCUUUUAACUCCCGAGUGUUUGUUUUAGCUUGAUUCAAAGCCUCUAAACAUUUCAAUCAGAGGAAUAAAAUAGUGAUGAUAGCUAGAGGUACCUCACCCAUCAAUAUUUGCACGCUCGCCCUCCUUCGCUCCCUACACACCUCGCCGCCGCCGCCGCCCACCACCAAAGCCGGCUUCGCCGUCCUCCUCCGGUCCGCCUCGAGCCGGCCCCAUCUCAAGCAAAUCCAUGCGCUCCUCCUCACCACCGGUCUCUCCCACAAGAACAGCCUCCUCACCCAGCUCCUCCUGUCCCUCAUCUCCAUUCCCGACAUGUCGUACGCCCGCCACCUGUUCGACGAUAUGCACAAGCCCCGCGUCUUCCUCUGGAACACCCUCAUCCGUGCCUACGCCAGGACCAACCUCCCCGGCGACGCCAUCGCUCUGUACCACGACAUGCGCCGCCUCGGCGUCCGCCCCGAUAGCUUCACCUUCCCUUUCGUGCUCAAAGCCUGCGCCGACCUGCUCGACGUCUGGCUUGGGAUGGCGAUCCAUUCGCUCGUCAUCAAAUUUAGGCUCGUCAAUGAUGCCAUUGUCCAGACUGAGUUAAUGAUCAUGUAUGCAAAGCUGGGCGCUUGCGAUUCGGCGGAGAAUAUAUUCGAAAGCAUGAGUAGUGGCAGCAAAGACUUAGUUGCAUGGAAUGCGUUGAUCAGUUCUUUCACGCAGAACGGUCAUGCAGAUAAGGCUCUUAGACUCUUUCACCGAAUGGAGUCAGCUGGAAUGAAGCCCGAUUCCAUCACUCUAGUGAGUGCCAUUUCAUCUUGCGCUUAUUUGGGGUGCUUGGAACGGGGCAGGAGGCUUCACAGGCGCAUCAAGGAGGAGAUGCUCGAGAGCAAUGUCUUCGUGGACAAUGCUCUCCUUGACAUGUACGCGAAAUGCGGCAGCAUGGAAGAGGCCAGCAAGCUAUUUGGCGAGAUGCAGCAGAGAAGUAUUGUUUCUUGGAGUACCAUGAUCGGAGGGUAUGCGGUGAAUGGUGAUAGCCAGAGAGCAUUGUCUCUCUUCUCUCGGAUGCAGGAUGAAGGGGUGCAGCCGAACCAUGUGACGAACCUCGCCGUUCUCUCCGCAUGCAGCCAUGCCGGUUUGGUUGGGGAAGGAAAGGAGUAUUUCAGCCGCAUGUUGGAUCCAAAAGUCGAACAUUAUGCGUCGAUGGUCGAUCUUCUUGGCCGUUCAGGGCAUCUGGAGGAGACCUAUAACUUUAUCAAGAGUAUGCCCAUCGAGCAAGACGCCGGCGUUUGGGGUGCUUUGCUAGGGGCUUGCACAAUUUAUCAUGACUUGGAGCUGGGCCAGCUUGCUGCAGACGAGGUCUUUAGAUUGGCUCCUGGGAUACCUUCAUAUCAUGUGCUUCUUUCGAACAUCUAUGCAGCUUCUGGGAGGUGGGAUGAUGUUCAGAAGGUUAGGGAGAACAUGAGAGGGAAUCAUGUGAGGAAAGUUGCAGCUUAUAGCUCUGUGGAGUUGGAUGGAGAGGUUUAUUUAUUCCAUGAAGGAUCGCACGGUCAGUGGAAGGAGAUAUACAAGAAGUUGGAUGAGGUAACUACGGUGCUACGAGGGAUGGGUUAUGAGCCGGUAACUGGAGUUGUGCUUCAUGAUGUGGAGUCCGAGGAGAAAGAGGCUGCAGUCCGGACUCACAGUGAGAAGCUUGCCAUUGCAUUUAGUCUCACCAGGAUGAAGAGUGCUGGGACUCCAAUAAGGAUCAUGAAGAACCUGAGGGUCUGCAAUGACUGUCAUACGUUCUCUAAGUAUGUCUCCAGAGCACUUGGAAGGGAUAUCAUAAUGAGAGAUAAGAACAGGUUCCACCAUUUCAAAGAUGGCGAGUGUUCCUGCCGGGACUUUUGGUGAUCUUCUUUUGGUGACAACUUUUGGUGAUCUUGAAUUUAGGAACGUCGGUGUAAAAGAACCGGAGAGCUACAGUGUGGUUGGGACUGGUAAUUCGGUUCGGUUGUGACUGUUUCUCUUGUGGGUGUUUCAAUGCUGCUUGCUGAAGGUUAGGGUACCAUUGAAACCGGCAACUCAAAUCCAGAAAAACACAUCGGCACCAUUACAUAAUGGCAUUUUUCCAACCAUUCUUACCUUCACUGGCAAGAAAGGAGGCUGAAGUCAGGAAUGGCGAGAACAAAUUCAUUUUAUUUUUUUAAAAUCAUUUUAUUCUUUUUAAUGGGACAACAGAAAUUGUAUUUGGUCAUGGAUUCUCCUAAUUUGAUUUGACGAGAAAGCCA